AUGGAACAAACAAAAGAAUUACACAACCAAACUCAAGAGACCUUCGCUUCGAUGGCAUCUAAAGCCACCCAAGCUGAAGUAUCUCCAAAUUUAAAUCUAUCUUCUAGUGUACUAAGUGUGUUGAACAACAAAACAACAAUAAGCGUUACAACAGAGAACCACACCCAAAUUAACGGCAACUACACCUUCAAAUGUAAUAAACCCGAAGGUACAAUCGACUUUGAUGUUAUCGGUGUGUGCAGAUUAAGAUACCAGAUAUUGUACAUUGUUGAUUGCAUUCCACCCGAUGAGAUCGAAAUAUUCCUCACCAAUGAAUUGCUGUGUGACGCUUCACAAUGUGGUAAAUUCGAUAUUAUCAAAUACAUGGUCGAUCGAACCAAUAAAUGGGACUACCAACGAGCAUUGAUAGUCGCUCCACUCUCUGGAAAUCUAGAGAUCGUUAAAUUCUUUUCGGCAAAGUCGAUUGAGCCGAGAACUACAGCGGUUCGUGAGUUAAAGUGUUGGCCUCACAAUGUAUUUAAUAAUGCCGCUGCGAUUGGUCGUAUAGAUAUUUUGGAAUGGUUGACAGUCAACCGUCCACAAGACAGAGUUGGCAACCGGAUGUAUCAGGACGCAGCGGAAGCAGGACAUAUUCAUGUAUUGGAUUAUCUGCGUGCCAACCAAGAUCGCUCCAACGAUACAUACAAUAUCUAUUCACUCUAUGACUCGGCAAUUCAAAACGAUAAUCUUUCAGUUUUCCAAUGGUUGUUUGUUAAUGGUUAUAAAAGCUCAUUCAAUAUCAUGAAUCAUGUGGCGGGUCGCGGUAACCUGAAGAUUUUAAAGUGGCUUCAUGAAAAUACAAAAGAAUCACCAACUACCGACGCCAUAGAUACAGCAUCCGUCAAUGGAAAACUAGAUAUCAUCAUAUGGUUGUUUGAAAAUAGGACUGAAGGAUGCACUAAUAGAGCAAUUACUGACGGGUCCUACUAUACACGUCAUUGGUUGGUACAGAACAGACCAGAGUUUAAAGAUUAUCAUUUAAACUAA